UGUUUAACAGACUUUUCAGCCUUUGUAUUAAUUAUUUACAAAUAAAGUAAUAACAAAAUGGUCUUAACAUUUAAGUCCGAAUUGUAAUUGUUAAGUGUAGGGUGUUAUCGAAUUCGAACCAUAAAAUUGUAUAAACAUGUCGACAGACUUAGGUGCUAGUUUUAAUGAACAGUAUGUAAAUAUUAACACGAAGUUGAAGAAGCGUUUUAUGCGCCGACCUAAUAUAUCAGAAGCGACGAACGAGUUCAUUGGUCUUGCAAUCCAGUGUGAGAACUGUGAGCAACCAACUUUUGCUGGGCAAACGUAUAUUGGCGCGGCAAAAUGUGAGGCUUCUGCUGGAAAUAUUUUAGGAGAAGCUGAAAAUUAUAUUGCAGCUGCAAGACAAUUUAUGAAAGCUGAAAAAAAGCUAGUCUCACUUAAAUUUGAUAGUCCAGAUAGGGAAAACUUGGAGGCAGCUAUUGGAUGUUUCUUGCAAGCAUUACAGAAGUAUCCAGAAAAAUCUCCACUCCGUGCUUCAAUACUGUUGGAAAUUACUAAUGAUCUUUUGGAGAUAAAUCAUAAGCUGGAAGCCAUAUCAUAUUUGGAACAAGCUUUGGAUAUAAUACAGGAUGAAACUAUGAAACUGAUGUGUAUGAUUAAGCUAUUCAAUAUGCAAAUAGACAGUGGAAAGCUGAAUUUAGCCUUACAAACUGGUAAUUCAAUAACAGAUCUAAAAUGUCAUGUACCUGAUCGAAUAUUAGCAGAGAUACAAGUAAGCAGAGUUCUCUUAGCUCUACAUGUUGAUAUGAAUGAUAAGAACAGGACAGAGUCUUUGAAAAAGCUGUUUUCUGAUCUGCUUAAUGAUGAUGAAGAAAGUGACUCUAUACAAUUUAACCCUGAUUUAAAGUUAAAACUACAGUCUAUUAUAAUUUCAAGUAACUUGGAGGACCAACAGGCAUUAAUUGCUAUCAGUAUGGACACAAAACCAUAUCUUACCGACCAACAAUGGAAUUUACUUCAAUCAUUAAUCAGUAAAAAACAAGAAGAUUAAAUUUAUAGGAAAUACUUAAUAGAACAUUAAUAUUUAUUUACCUUAUUUCACACCAGUUCCCAACUUCAAUAAAUUGGGUAAAGGUGUUAUUCAAAAUUCAUUUGUAUAAAAAUUGCAAAUAUUUAGUAUUUAUUUAAUAUAAGAACUAUAUGUAGCAGCUAGUUGGUAUUUUAUUAUAAGUACAAAUUCUGUAAUGUAAUCUUUACUUUUUUUGGAAAUGUCUAGUGUUGGUUACUUUGUUGUCAUGUUUAAUUUUAUUAUUUCUUAACUAGUAUGCACAAAAUAAGUAACAAAUUGUGUAAGUGUUGUUCAUUACUAUUGUUUAUUAAAAUAAAACUAAGGGUCU